AUCCGAGUGUUUGUGCCUGACGUCGGCAUGUUCAUAGCCAGUCUGACCAUCUGGCUGGUCUGUAGGAACAUCGUUCAGAAACCAGUGACUGAAGAAGCAGCGCAGUAUAACCUGGAGUUUGAGAAUGAAGAAUCGGCUGGAGGAGGAAAAAUAGACCCAGAAGAGGCACUGAUCUAUGAAGAGGAUUUAGAGGAAAGAGAUGGUGUUGAAGGCGAUUUGGAAGAAAGCACGAAAUUAAAACUGUUCCGCAGGCUGGCCUCUGUGGCUUCCAAGCUUAAGGAGUUCAUUGGCAACAUGAUAACCACCGCGGGGAAGGUGGUUGUGACGAUUUUACUGGGUUCAUCAGGAAUGAUGCUGCCCUCUCUGACCUCGUCCGUGUACUUCUUUGUGUUUUUGGGUCUGUGCACCUGGUGGUCCUGGUGCCGAACCUUCGACCCCUUGCUGUUCAGCUGUCUCUGUGUCCUGCUGGCUAUCUUCACUGCGGGACACUUGAUUGGACUGUAUUUGUACCAGUUCCAGUUCUUCCAAGAAGCAGUCCCUCCCAACGACUACUAUGCCAGGUUGUUUGGUAUCAAAUCAGUCAUUCAAACAGACUGUUCCAGCACGUGGAAGAUCAUAGCAAACCCAGAGCUGUCAUGGUACCACCAUGCCAACCCCAUCGUCCUGCUGGUGAUGUACUACACGCUGGCCACGCUAAUCCGAAUCUGGCUACAGGAGCCCCUUGUGCAGGAAGAGAGGACCAAGGAAGAGGACAGAGCCCUGGCCUGCAGCCCCGUCCCCGUCACAGCCGAGAGGAGGCGGAGCCUGUGGUACGCGACCCACUACCCCACGGAUGAGAGAAAACUUUUAUCCAUGACUCAAGAUGACUACAAACCAUCUGAUGGCCUGUUGGUGACUGUGAAUGGCAACCCUGUGGAUUACCACACCAUCCACCCCAGCCUUCCCCUGGAGAAUGGCCCCGCCAAGGCCGACCUGUACUCCACCCCACAGUACCGCUGGGAGCCCGCCGCCGACUCCCCGGAAAAGAAGGAGGGAGAAGAUGAGAAUGAAGAAUUUGAGGAGGAGAAGGCCUAUGAGGAGGAAAGGAGUGUCAAAGUCCAUGCCAUGGUCUCUGUGUUCCAGUUCAUCAUGAAGCAGAGUUACAUCUGUGCCCUUAUCGCUAUGAUGGCGUGGAGCAUCACGUACCACAGCUGGCUGACGUUCGUGCUGCUGAUCUGGUCCUGCACUCUUUGGAUGAUUCGCAACAGAAGGAAAUAUGCCAUGAUCAGCUCUCCAUUCAUGGUUGUCUACGGAAAUCUCCUGCUCAUAUUACAGUACAUAUGGAGUUUUGAACUCCCUGAAAUUAAAAAGGUCCCGGGAUUUUUAGAAAAGAAAGAGCCAGGGGAACUUGCCUCAAAGAUCCUUUUCACCAUUACGUUUUGGCUGUUGCUGAGACAGCACCUCACAGAGCAAAAAGCUCUCCAAGAAAAGGAAGCUCUUCUGUCUGAGGUCAAAAUCGGAAGUCAGGAAAAUGAAGAAAAAGAUGACGAACAGGACAUACAGGUGGAUGGGGAGGCCCAGGAGAAGAAGGAAGAAGAGGAGGCAAAGGAGGAGAAGCAGGAGCAGAAGAAGGAGGAGGAUGAUGACAAUGAGCAGGACAUCAUGAAGGUGCUGGGUAACCUGGUGGUGGCCUUGUUCAUCAAGUACUGGAUCUACGUCUGUGGAGGCAUGUUCUUCUUCGUCAGCUUCGAGGGCAAAAUCGUGAUGUACAAGAUCAUCUACAUGGUGCUCUUCCUGUUCUGUGUGGCCCUGUAUCAGGUGCACUAUGAGUGGUGGAGACGGAUCCUGAAAUAUUUCUGGAUGUCGGUGGUUAUCUACACGAUGCUGGUGCUCAUCUUUAUAUACACAUAUCAGUUUGAAAACUUCCCGGGCCUGUGGCAAAACAUGACGGGAUUGAAAAAAGAAAAGCUGGAGGACCUUGGCCUAAAACAGUUCACGGUGGCCGAGCUGUUCACGCGCAUAUUCAUCCCCACGUCCUUCUUGCUGGUGUGCAUCCUGCACCUGCACUACUUCCACGACCGCUUCCUGGAACUCACGGACCUGAAGUCCAUUCCCAGCAAGGAAGACAGCACCAUCUACAGACUGGCCCACCCCGAGGGAAGCCUUCCGGACCUCGCCAUGAUGAAGCCGACCGCCAGCUUGGAGGUGGCGGAAGCCAAGCAGCUGGCGGGACCUGGGGAGGAGAAGCCGGUGGGAUGCCCUGCAAAGGCCAAGAAGGGCGAGCUCGGCAAGGACAGUGAGGAAGAGGACGACGAGGAGGAGGAAGAGACGUCAGAUCUGAGGAACAAGUGGCACCUGGUGAUAGACCGCCUCACGGUGCUGUUCCUGAAGUUCCUGGAGUGUUUCCACCAGCUGCAGACGUUCCUGUGGUGGAUCCUGGAGCUUCACAUCAUCAAGAUCGUCUCCUCCUACAUCAUCUGGGUGUCCUUGAAAGAGGUGUCUCUGUUCAACUAUGUAUUUUUGAUUUCUUGGGCUUUUGCUCUGCCGUACGCCAAGCUCCGCCGCCUGGCUUCAAGUGUCUGCACUGUCUGGACAUGUGUGAUCAUUGUCUGCAAAAUGUUGUACCAGCUGCAGACCAUUAAGCCUGAAAACUUUUCUGUCAACUGUUCCUUGCCAAAUGAAAACCAAACGAAUAUACCCCUGCAGCAGCUGAACAAGUCUCUGCUCUACAGCGCCCCCAUUGACCCAGCAGAGUGGGUCGGCCUGAGGAAGUCCUCUCCUUUGCUUGUCUACCUGAGGAACAACCUCCUGAUGCUGGCCAUUCUGGCCUUUGAGGUCACCAUCUACCGCCAUCAGGAGUAUUAUCGCGGUCGGAACAACCUCACAGCCCCCGUGUCUAAAACCAUCUUUCACGACAUUACGAGACUCCACCUGGAUGAUGGACUUGUCAAUUGUGCCAAGUAUUUCAUCAAUUACUUCUUCUACAAGUUUGGUCUGGAGACCUGUUUCCUCAUGUCAGUUAAUGUGAUCGGACAGCGGAUGGAUUUCUAUGCCAUGAUUCAUGCCUGCUGGCUGAUUGCCGUCUUGUACCGGCGCCGAAGGAAAGCCAUCGCGGAGAUCUGGCCCAAGUACUGUUGCUUCCUGGCCUGCAUCAUCACCUUCCAGUACUUCAUCUGCAUCGGCAUCCCUCCCGCCCCGUGCCGAGAUUACCCCUGGAGGUUCAAGGGCGCCAGCUUCAAUGACAACAUCGUCAAGUGGCUGUAUUUCCCAGACUUCAUCGUGCGGCCCAACCCCGUGUUCCUCGUGUAUGACUUCAUGCUGCUUCUGUGCGCCUCCCUACAACGGCAGAUUUUCGAGGAUGAAAACAAGGCCGCCGUGCGGAUCAUGGCAGGUGACAAUGUGGAGAUCUGCAUGAACCUGGAUGCAGCCUCGUUCAGCCAGCACAACCCCGUCCCCGACUUCAUCCACUGCAGAUCGUACCUGGACAUGUCCAAAGUGAUCAUCUUCAGCUAUCUCUUCUGGUUCGUGCUCACAAUCAUCUUCAUCACCGGGACGACCAGGAUCAGCAUCUUCUGCAUGGGUUACCUGGUGGCCUGCUUCUACUUCCUGCUCUUCGGGGGCGAUUUGCUGCUAAAGCCCAUCAAGAGCAUCCUGCGGUACUGGGACUGGCUGAUCGCAUACAACGUCUUUGUGAUCACGAUGAAAAACAUACUGUCGAUAGGAGCAUGUGGCUAUAUUGAAAAGUUGGUUCAAAAUAGUUGCUGGUUGAUCCAAGCUUUCAGCCUGGCCUGCACAGUCAAGGGCUACAAAAUGCCUGAUGAUGAUUCCUCGUGUAAACUACCGAGCGGGGAAGCAGGGAUUAUUUGGGACAGCAUAUGCUUUGCCUUCCUUCUGCUGCAGAGAAGAGUUUUCAUGAGUUACUAUUUCCUGCACGUCGUGGCGGAUAUAAAAGCUUCACAGAUCCUGGCUUCGAGGGGGGCUGAACUUUUCCAGGCCACGAUUGUAAAGGCUGUAAAGGCAAGAAUUGAGGAAGAGAAAAAGUCCAUGGACCAGCUUAAGAGGCAGAUGGAUCGCAUCAAGGCCAGGCAACAGAAAUACAAAAAGGGUAAGGAGAGGAUGCUGAGCUUGACUCAGGAGUCAGGGGAAGGCCAGGACAUCCAAAAACUCUCUGAAGAGGAUGAUGAAAGAGAAGCAGACAAACAGAAAGCCAAGGGCAAAAAAAAGCAGUGGUGGCGGCCUUGGGUUGAUCAUGCUUCCAUGGUCAGGAGUGGAGAUUACUAUUUGUUUGAAACGGACAGUGAAGAGGAGGAAGAGGAAGAAUUAAAAAAGGAGGAUGAAGAGCCUCCACGAAGGUCAGCUUUCCAGUUUGUUUAUCAAGCCUGGAUUACUGACCCUAAAACAGCACUCCGACAGAGGCGCAAAGAGAAAAAAAGAUCUGCAAGAGAAGAACAGAAAAGAAGGAGAAAAGGAUCUGGGGACGGUCCUGUGGAGUGGGAAGACCGGGAGGAUGAACCGAUCAAGAAGAAGUCUGAUGGACCAGAUAAUAUCAUCAAGAGGAUAUUUAAUAUUCUGAAGUUCACCUGGGUCCUGUUUCUGGCGACCGUGGACAGUUUCACAACGUGGUUGAACUCCAUCUCCAGGGAGCACAUCGACAUCUCCACCGUCCUGAGGAUCGAGAGGUGCAUGCUGACCAGAGAGAUUAAAAAGGGCAACGUCCCCACCCGGGAGAGCAUCCACAUGUACUAUCAGAACCACAUCAUGAACCUUUCCAGAGAGUCGGGACUGGACACCAUUGACGACCGUCCUGGCACCACCGCGGGUAUACAGACAGCCCAUAGGAUGGACAGCUUAGAUUCCCACGACAGCAUCUCCAGCUGCUACACGGAAGCAACCAUGCUGUUCUCAAGGCAGUCCACCCUUGAUGAUUUAGAUGGACCAGAAACUGUUCCUAAAACAAGUGAGCGCGCUCGGCCCGGGCUCCGUAAAAUGCUCAGCAUGGAUGUGUCCUCUUCGUCAGCUGAGAGCGCCAGCUUAGCCUCCAGUGAGCCCACGCAGUGCACGAUGCUGUACUCGCGCCAGGGGACCACAGAGACCAUAGAGGAGGUGGAGGCCGAACAGGAUGAGGAGGUGCCUGAGGACACCCAGUCCCCGCAGGACCCCAUGCAGGACGGCGAAGUGGAGGCCCCGCCGUCCUACAGCAAGGCCGUCAGCUUGGAGCGCCUGUCUUUUGACUCCCGGGACGACUCGGGGGGCCAGACCCACAUGGCGGUCAGCCCCGACGACAGCCGCUCAGACCACCUGGAGGCCAGCAUCCUGCCACCCCUGACCCAUGAGCUGACGGCCAGCGAGCUACUGCUGAACAAGAUGUUCCAUGACGAUGAGCUGGAAGAGUCGGAGAAGUUCUACGUUGGGCAGCCCCGCUUCCUGCUGCUGUUCUACGCCAUGUACAACACGCUGGUGGCCCGCUCGGAGAUGGUGUGCUACUUCGUCAUCAUCCUCAACCACAUGGUCUCUGCCUCCGUGAUCACACUCGUGCUGCCCAUCCUGAUCUUCCUCUGGGCCAUGCUGUCUGUCCCCCGGCCCAGCAGACGCUUCUGGAUGAUGGCCAUCGUCUACACAGAGGUGGCAAUUGUGGUCAAGUAUUUCUUCCAGUUUGGGUUCUUUCCCUGGAACAAGAAUGUGGAAUUGAACAAAGACAAGCCUUACCACCCACCCAAUAUCAUCGGGGUGGAGAAGAAGGAGGGCUACGUUCUCUACGACCUCAUCCAGCUGCUGGCCCUCUUCUUCCACCGGUCCAUCCUGAAGUGCCACGGCCUGUGGGACGAAGAUGACAUCGCAGACAGUGGCUCUGACGAGGUGGGCUCGGACGACGCGCUGUCCCUCAGCCACGGUAGGAGGGGUUCCUCCGACUCCCUGAAGUCCAUCAACCUGGCCGCGUCCGUGGAGUCGGUGCACGUGACCUUCCCCGAGCAGCCGGCCGCCAUCAGGAGGAAGCGCUCCAGCAGCGGCUCCCAGACGUCCCAGGACUCCAGCUUUUCCUCCAAUAGGUCCAAGAGAGGCAGCACAAGCACCCGAAACAGCAGCCAGAAAGGAAGCAGUGUUGUGAGCGGCAAGCAAAAAAGCAGACGGGAACUUUACGUGGAGAAGCUUCGAGAACACUUAAUCAAAGCAAAAGCGUUUACCAUAAAGAAGACCCUGCAGCUCUACGUGCCCAUCAGACAGUUCUUCUACGACCUCAUCCACCCCGACUACAGCGCCGUGACCGACGUGUACGUGCUCAUGUUCCUGGCAGACACCGUCGACUUCGUCAUCAUCGUCUUCGGCUUCUGGGCCUUUGGGAAACAUUCAGCCGCGGCCGACAUCACCUCCUCGCUGUCAGAGGACCAGGUCCCUGGGCCCUUCUUGGUGAUGGUCCUCAUUCAGUUCGGCACCAUGGUGGUGGACCGGGCACUGUACCUCAGGAAGACGGUGCUGGGGAAGGUCAUCUUCCAGGUCAUCCUGGUGUUUGGGAUUCACUUCUGGAUGUUCUUCAUCUUGCCUGGUGUGACUGAGAGGAAAUUCAGCCAGAACCUGGUCGCCCAGCUUUGGUACUUCGUGAAAUGCGUGUAUUUCGGGUUGUCCGCCUACCAGAUCCGCUGCGGCUACCCAACGCGGGUCCUCGGAAACUUCCUCACCAAGAGCUACAACUACGUCAAUCUCUUCUUGUUUCAAGGGUUCCGCCUCGUCCCUUUUCUGACGGAGCUGAGGGCCGUGAUGGACUGGGUAUGGACAGACACGACGCUGAGCCUGUCCAGCUGGAUCUGUGUGGAGGACAUCUAUGCUCACAUAUUCAUCCUCAAGUGUUGGCGGGAGUCGGAAAAAAGGUACCCGCAGCCCCGGGGGCAGAAGAAGAAGAAGGUGGUCAAGUACGGGAUGGGGGGGAUGAUCAUCGUCCUGCUCAUCUGUAUUGUCUGGUUCCCUCUGCUCUUCAUGUCUCUGGUCAAAUCUGUCGCCGGGGUCAUCAACCAGCCCCUGGACGUCUCGGUCACAAUUACCCUGGGCGGGUACCAGCCUAUUUUCACAAUGAGUGCCCAGCAAAGCCAGCUGAAAGUUAUGGACCAGCCAAAGUUUAAUAAAUUUAUUAAAGCUUUUUCUAAGGACACUGGUGCUAUGCAAUUUCUGGAAAAUUAUGAAAAAGAAGACAUAACAGUAGCAGAACUGGAAGGAAACUCAAAUUCUUUGUGGACCAUCAGCCCUCCCAGUAAGCAGAAAAUGAUACACGAGCUCAUGGAUCCCAAUAGUAGCUUCUCUGUUGUUUUUUCAUGGAGUGUGCAGAGAAACAUGAGUCUGGGUGCAAAAGCCGAAAUAGCAACAGAUAAGCUUUCUUUUCCUCUUAAAAAUACGACACGAGAGCACAUUGCUAAAAUGAUAGCUGGCAACAACACAGAAAGUUCCAAAACGCCAGUGACCAUAGAAAGGAUUUACCCAUACUACGUGAAAGCACCCAGUGACUCUAACUCCAAACCCAUAAAGCAACUUUUAUCUGAAAAUAAUUUCAUGAACAUCACCAUUAUUCUGUCCAGAGACAAUACAACUAAAUCCAACAGUGAGUGGUGGGUUCUCAACUUGACUGGGAAUAGAAUCUACAACCAGCAUGCACAGGCCCUGGAGCUGGUGGUCUUCAAUGACAAGGUCAGCCCCCCAAGCCUGGGGUUCCUGGCCGGCUACGGUAUCAUGGGCCUCUACGCUUCAGUGGUCCUGGUGAUUGGGAAGUUUGUCCGUGAAUUCUUCAGCGGGAUUUCUCACUCCAUCAUGUUUGAAGAGCUUCCGAAUGUGGAUCGGAUUUUGAAGUUAUGCACAGAUAUUUUUUUAGUUCGAGAGACCGGGGAGCUGGAACUGGAGGAGGACCUCUAUGCCAAAUUAAUAUUCCUGUACCGUUCGCCAGAAACCAUGAUCAAAUGGACCAGGGAGAAAACAAACUGACGCCCCAGGCCACAGACCACAAGCCAAGUUCACAUUGGAAUUUUCCAAAGAAAAAAAGAAAAGCACAAUACUCUCCUAAGAGCUAAGCAUUUCUAAUUCGGUGGAAACGGUCUCUCUUCUGACUGCUGCAGAAGGACUGGGCUUCCUUUUGCCCUCAGAGCUACGAGCAGAGGUACUCUCGAAAAGUCCUUUGUAAUUCCAUUCCUCUGAAAUCAGGGCUACUCGCUUUAUGUUUUAGUGCCGGUGUCUUGCAAUCUGAUGGACUACGUGUUGGAGUCACUGAUGGGUCUCGUCCCUCAGAGGAACAGAACAGGAGGAGGAGAAGGAAGGAGAGGCCUUCUCCUGUGAGGGGCGGCGCCCUCCGAAGAGACGCUACAAUGCAACGCAAUGCACGGGGCUCUGCGGCCAAGGGGACACUGCCGUGAGGAGGACGGGGGCCCUGCACCCCGAAUACGCAACAGAACGGGGACUGAAAACUCCUACCCAUAUGUCUAGAGGGGAAACAGGGAGGGGGCCAGUGACCCAUGGCGAUGCCAGUGGAAGGACAAGCCUCAUCCUAAGCAAAAACAUAACAUUAGUGACACUUACUGCCUUACCUUAACUGAAGACUAAUGAGACGUCUUUCCAUUAAACACCAGUGACCUCUCAGGAAAAAACAGCAGCAAAACAAAUACGUGGACAUGGUGUUGCUGAGGCCCAGGUGGUGGGUGACUCACUCUGACCUGGUGGUUUUCUGGUUCAGAGAGUUACUGCUCUCCGUGAAACACCGACGCCCAGCUGGAGGCGGGGUCCUUGGACGUUGUCACCUUUACUGACUGAGGUCUGAGCUCUCCUCUGCCCCACCCCCACGCUUCCUCCCAUUUCCAUGAUUCACGGCAGUGGUUUUUCCAGUAUGUGACAUUUUUUUCCCCUGUUUUUCAGGUCUAUCAACGAGUUUACAUAUUCCAAUUCACAUUUUUACAUCUGAGACGGGUUUUUUUAAGUUCAAAAUUAUGGAAGAAAUAUGUAUAUUGAGCUUGGGGAAAUAAACAAAUGGCCUUUUCUUAAAUUAUUAUUAUGGGUCAUACAACCUCUUCAUGAAAUAACAAUGUAGCAUGAAAAACUGAUGAUUGAAAUGUAGUUUUCAUUCCAUAUUAAAAGACAGUUUCUGAGAAGAAUCAUCGAAUGGACUAGACUAUGUCCCCCCCCCAAAAAUGAUCCUCUGUAGUUUGGGUUCAGGACUGACAAAAUAAAGCACAUCCUGCAAAGUCACCUCAAGAAUCCUCUUCAUUCUGCCCUACUGCGUGAACUGGGAAAGGCGACUUCUCUGUCCUGUGUACCGGGAGCUAGAAAAAUCAGCUAAGAAUCCACUUCUUGUUGGUUGCAUUGUGGGUUUUCUCAUGUGGGUGCUCUAUGGGAAUAAUAAAAGCAGGAAACAACUGGUGAGAAAUUAACUUCCCAGAAGGAAACCAUUACAGUGAAUAUGGAUCUUUUAAAA